AGUUCACGAGAACCGUCAACUGACUCUCUACGACCAAGGAUCCUCAGACGUGAGGUCGCUCUAUAUUUUUAUACAAAAUGUCCGACCCUGCUUCUCGCGCUAAGGCGUGGCCUCUUGCCCCGGCCGAUCUAAACGACCAGAUCCUGGAUCUCAUUGAGAAGUCUUCACAAUACAAACAGCUGAAGAAGGGUGCUAACGAGGCCACUAAAACUCUCAACCGUGGUAUUGCAGAGGUCAUCAUCUUGACUGCUGACACCGAGCCUCUGGAAAUAUUACUUCAUCUCCCUCUGUUGUGCGAAGAAAAGAACGUUCCUUACGUUUUCGUUGCCUCGAAGGCUGCUUUGGGCAGAGCUUGCGGCGUGUCCCGCCCAGUCAUCGCGGCCAGCAUUACCACCAAUGAGAACAAGGAGCUUUCCUCCUUGAUACUGACUGUUAAGAGGUCGAUCGACAAGCUUAUGGUGUAGAAUGCACUGGUCACUGUCCAGCUGUACUAUAUAGUGCUCUAACGAAAUAUAUUCCCUGUUCACACUGUGUGCCCCCCUCUUUUCUU